AUGUUCCUGUUGAAUUCAGCAGUAAGUCAUGCAAAUUCUGAUCUGAAGCAGAAAAUUACAACAACAUGGAUUGCUCCAAAUGAUGUUAAAGAACUUCAGUUCAUUGCAACUGUUGUUCAAGAUCUAGAGAAAUUUUGGGUUGGAAUUGAAAGCAAAACUCUCAUAUCCACGCAUUCUAAGUCAGUUAAUGGGACAGGAAAAAGUAAAAGGAAGCUAAUGAUAGAAAUUGAAUGCAGCAAGCGUGGAGGGACGUACACCAGGCAAGGUGGAUGUGUUGUGGUUCAACCUUCCGGUUCCUCUCAAAGCAGCUAUUCUAGUGGUCAGAGUGGAACAGUCUACACAAUAAGCAAGAGUGGAUGUGUCCCAGGAGGUGCUGCCAAUGUGUAUAGCCAGAAUGCGUGUAAAGAUAGUGCAUCCUCAUAUGGCAGUCUUACCUACGGCCAGUCUGUUCCUGCAAGUAGUUCAGAUUCCAGUAAGAAGAUAGUGGUCAUCCCCAACAGCAACCCGUUUCCGCCUGUGCGUCAUACUUAUCCCCAGAGUUUGGGCAAUUCUGCUACGAAGAUCAUAGUACAGAGUGGACAAAGGCAGCAAAGCAGCGGUGCUACUUAUGUUCAGGGUGGGCCAACCUACACUAUCAGCAGCAGUUCGUACGGACAGGGUUCCCGAGGCAGCCAGUCCUAUGGCCAGGUCUAUCAGCCACAAGGUGGCACCUCCUAUGGACAGCAGAGUGGGUCUUCUUCAGGUGGCAGUGGAGGUUGUGGACAAGGUACUUCGUAUGAUAGCAAUCCCUGCCACCAGGAUGGAUCUCAGAGUGGUAGCCAGGGUGGAUCAUACUCCUCACAAAGCUAUGAUGGUAGCCAAGGUGGAUCAUCAUCCUCACAAAAUUAUGGUGGCAACCAGGGUGGAUCGUAUUCACAAAACUAUGGUGGCGGCCAAGGUGGAUCAUACUCACAAAACUAUGGUAGUGGCAAAGGUGAAUCAUACUCACAAAACUAUGGUGGUGGCAAAGGUGGAUCAUAUUCACAAAACUAUGGUGGUGGCCAAGGUGGAUCAUACUCACAGAACUAUGGUGGUGGCCAAGGUGGAUCAUCUUCUCAAAACUAUGGUGGCAGUCAGGGUGGAUCAUACUCACAAAACUAUGGUGGUGGCCAAGGUGGAUCAUCUUCCUCCGACAGCUAUUAUGAUAGUCAGGAUUCGCAGGAUUUCUCAGAUGAUAAUCCCAAUGCCUGUGAUGAUAAUGACACUACAUAUAGCGCUAAUAGUCGGAGCUCUAGCUGUGUGAAGAGGAAAGUUGUUGUCAGAGAUACGUCACAUGUUUUAAGCAGAAGAGAUUAUGAUGUCCAGAAUGAAUCCUCUACUUCAAACAACAGCCACACUAAUUACCAGGGUGGAUCGUUCAUUGCAACUGGUGGUGGAUCAAGUGGUCAGGGUGGUUGCAUUUGUCCUGAUGGAAGCAGUGGUGUUAGACAGGGAGCCCCUGGUUCUUCAUACAGCACAUAUUCUGGUAACCAGGGGGGAUCUUCCUUCUACCAUGGAGGAUCCUAUGGACAGGGAGGCCCAGGUUAUUCCCACAGCUCUUAUUCUGGAAACCAGGGAGGGUCUUCCUACUCUCCUGGUGGAUCUUACGGACAGGGAGGCCCAGGUUAUUCCCACAGCUCUUAUUCUGGAAACCAGGGAGGGUCUUCCUACUCUCCUGAUGGAUCUUACGGACAGGGAGGUUCUUCUGUCAGUGAUAACGGAAGUGAAUCCUAUGGUCAGGAUGGAUCUUCCGCAUAUGGUGGCAUUGGACCUUAUGGUCAGGAUUCACCUGCCAUGGGAGUUAGUGAAUCUGAUUACAGUGAUUCCACCUCGCCAUCUUACAACCGUCAGAGUGAACGGGAUUUUUAUUCCCCUGGAGGCAGCCAGUCAGGUGGACAUGGAUUAUCUUCUCAAGGUGGUGGCUAUUCUGGUGGACAGGGCUCGUUCUCAUCAGGAACCAACCAGUAUGGUGGGCAGGGUUCACCUUCAAGAGGCAGCCAAUCUGGUGGACAGGGUGGAUGUGAUUGCUCUGGUGUAAGUUCUAGCGGAUCAUCUUCCUCACUCAGAAGUAAUUCCUCUUCUAAUGACACAUCUUAUUCUGGAGGAAGCCGUUACAGUAGCUAUGAUUCCACCUCGCCAUCUUACAACCGUCAGAAUGAACGGGAGUCAUAUUCUUCUGGAGCUAGUCAAUAUGGUGGACAAGGAUCACCAUCUUAUGGAAGCAGCCAUUAUGGUGGACAAGGUUCACCUUACUCAGGAGGCAGCCAGUAUGGAGGACAGGGUCCAUAUUCCUCAGGUGGCAGCCAGUAUGGAGGACAGGGCUCACCUUCAAGAGGCAGCCAAUCUGGUGGACAGGGUGGAUGUCAUUGUCCUGGUGGGAGCCCGGGCUCUUUUGGAGGAAGCAACUACCAUGGUGGACAGGGUUCUUCUUAUUCUGGAAGCAGUCAGUAUGGAGGACAGGGAUCUUCUUACUCAGGAAGCAGCCAGUAUGGUGGGCAGGGCUCAUCAUAUUCUGGAGGCCGACAACAUGGUAAACCAGGAUUCUCAGGAAGCACUUAUUCUGGAAAGCAGCAACCACCUUCCUCAGGGGGUAGUCAAGUGAGCUCUGCUGGGAAACACUCCAGUCCCCAACUCCUGCUGUUGUUUAGCAUUUUGAGUGCCUUCGCACUCUCUGCUGUAACAUCAAAGUGGUCUAUGUGAACAUCAGAAGAUGUGCUCGACAUCCUGGACGUGGAUUAUAUGCAGUAAUAUUAGAUUAAUUACUUAAUGUCAGGGAAAAAAAAAACACAAAAACACCAUGCAGUCAAACUGUCAGAUGUUACUUGGGCUAUCAUGUUCCAUGUCUGGUUACUAUGUCAUAUCUUUCAUUAGUUUCUUUGGGUUUAGUCAUUAGUAGAUAUCAUUACUUUUGUCAGUGUUCUAAGCACCAUUUUAAGAGAGCGUAUUGUACCCUAGCUAUAUGAUUUCAUUAAAUUAUUUUUAUGUCCAGUGGAAAAUGUGAUGAACACCUACCUGAAAACUAAUUGGUGUGAGAAACAGUUGUUUAGAAAAUACUUGGUUAGUAACCAACACAGAAUGUCAGACAAAUGGUUUUAUUUGCAAAACUUAAUUUGAGCACUGUCACUGCCCCUUGCUGCAUACAAUAAAGAUGACCUCUAACUUCUCGUGAGCAAUCCUACGUGGGAUGGCAAAAAGGAUGCUAAAAUAAUAUCAUACUAUCGGCUUUAGUGGAACGUAAACAAAUGCAUACCCACCAUGGAGGUUGCACAGCAAAAAAAAAAAAGCCUCAAUACGAUCUUCACCAUUUGGUUGACAGUUGUUUCUUUGGUCUACGCACUAACUUUCUUUUAAUUUAAGCGU